GCCGAUAGUCAGCUGUGCCGAAUACAAAUUCGAUAUAUUUGGGCAUGCAGGUUAUGUAAAUUGUUACAUUUAUUAAUUAAAAGUUCUUCAAUUUACCAUAAAUAUUUGUGAAAACACUGCGUUAUGGUGUUCCUGAACCUGCCACUGUUGGUUCGCGCACGCGGCCCCGAUGAGUUCUGGCGCAAGCGACGUAUUUUCAAACUAGCAGCGCACUAUCGGAGUCGCACACGCAAUGUGUACACCUUUGCUAUACGUAGCGUGCAUCGUGCCCUCGCCUAUGCCACUAAGGGACGCAAACUUAAAAAGCUGGACAUGGCUCAGUUGUGGACGACACGCGUCGAAGCUGGCUGCCAGCAAUACGGAGUCGCCUUGGACACAUUUAAGGAGGGUCUCGCACGAUCCGAUAUUCUGCUGAACAAAAAAAUGCUGUCGGAUUUGGCGAUUUGGGAACCGCGCUCUUUUGAGGUCUUGGUGAAUAUUUCACGGGAACGUGCCGCUGUGGAGGGAUUGCCAGAUAUUAAGCGCAGAUCAGCUUUCAAUCAGGUCUAUGGUCUGAGCAAUCUGAAGCUCGAUUAAUUUAAGCUUUAUACAAAUAAAAUAUAUAGUUUUCA